AUGUCAAACGGAAUGCAAGGCGAUAUGCUCUCAUUCAAAUUGGCUGCUAUUUUCGUCACAUUAUCGUUAAUGACUCUGGGAAACCCUUCUUCUCUGGCCAGCAGUUCAAGGGAAUGCUCGAGUGUGAGGCCAGUAAUCCGAGAAGAUAGUCGCCAGCAAUUCAACUGGCUGGGUAGGAUUAGGUACACCAGGUCAGCGGGUGAGGUGUGGUAUCCCUGCUCCGGAGUGGCCAUAACCAGACGCCAUGUCCUCGUGCCUGCUCACUGCGUUCUAUUUCUGGAUAAGGGCGAUGCCUACAGUUUUAUGGUUGGAAACAGAAGACACGCCGUCAGUCGUAUUUUCAUUCACCCAGAGUAUCGUUUGGAGCUUCCGUCUUACGAUGUUGCCGUCCUUAAGCUGAACUCCCAACUGAGAUCCUGUUUGUCCGUAUCGGAGGAUACUGAUUCCCAUGACGUGAUCGCCCGGCUAUUUGAUGUGGUCAGUACGCUGGUGGAUAAGCAUCCGAAAAGCCUUCAUACCCUGGCCAGAGUCACGGGUCACCAGUACUGUCAGCGAAAAUAUAAAGAUUUCAUACUUAGUCACAAUGAGAUUUGUGCGUACGUCCACCAGGAUAAAGAUUUCUUAACUGGCGCAGCUCUAUUGGGUAUCGAAAUUGUAAAUGGAUCUGAGGCUUGGCGUCUUUUGGGAAUAUCAACGCACGGCCCGUACGAAAGAAACCGCAAGAUACCCGAUAUCUUUACGCUUAUAUACCCUUUCAAUAACUGGAUUGGGAACAUUCUUAGCUUAUAA